CGAAUCACCCGGCUACACAAAUUGUGGCUCAGGCGACAAAUGCAAGCGACCCGGCCGGCUCGUCUACAGCACCUAGCUGCGUGCUUCUCGAUCCGGACUCAAACUCGCACUUCCAAAGCAUGGUCUGAGUCGCCAUGUCAGCCUCUUGACCAGUCAUCAUGAUGGGAGGCUUUAUUGAGGUGUCGCGCUUCUGUCUCGACAUUUGUGAUUCAAGUUUCAUGGGUCAUCACCCAUCAGGAACUGAUGCUGAACUCGUGAAGAAGUGUCGCAUAUGUCCCUGUCGCGAGGUCGUCGGUCUGCGCUACUCAAUCACUGAAGUGCUCUCAGGACUUGCGAUUCAUACAUGUAAAGUCCAGUGGAUCCAGUCACGAUAGUCGAACACCACAUUCGCCCAAACCUUACCCUGUGAGCGAGGACGUGGAUGCAGGAGCAUUCAGACAAAAC